UAACGGAUCUCCUCGGAAAUGUGUGGCUGCGUUCCGUUCGGCUACAAGUCGGGUCAGCUGUCAGUGUCACUUCAUAUUUUUCUUCAGUAUUAAUAAUUCAUUCGUAUAAUGGGAGCUCUAUGGAAGUACAGUUACGAUGAUUACCCUGAUGGUACUCACUGUUUGUAUAAGACAGCUUGUGUCACCAAACAAACAUCACUUCUAGCCUUGGCCAUGGGGACAUUUGAUGUCAUUAACAUCUCAAAACCAAGCAACAUCGGUGGAGCACUUAUAAGAUACCCACGGUACAUGGUGCCGGGUUUUUUCUCUGGUCUUGUGUUUGGUCUAACGACGUGCACCCUCACCCAAAUGCGCCAAAAGGAUGAUCACUUCAACUACAUUGUUGGUGCUGGAUCAGCUGGCAUUGUCAUUGGAGCAUGUAGGCGGUCGCUAGCGGUCGGCAUUCCAUUGAUGCUACUCUUUGGUUUGGGUGGCGCCAUCUACAAGGAAGUACGUGUUAGAGGAACCGAGUUCUUCCCUCACUUGAAGCAUGAAUAUGGCACCUUUGACACCUAUAAGCGUGACUACACCCUUACCGCUGAACGACCAAAAUACACCGGCAUGGAGUGAACAACUUGGGCUCCAGUCUGCAUAUUUUAUGUGCCCAUCAUACAGCGCAUCAUGUACUUGAUGCAUCGUACCUACUAUAUAGUAAUUUACAGAUGAACUAAAAGUCCUGUAUAGCUUCAAAUAGGCCUUCUAGGUAUUUUUUUGAACCAUUCUAUUGAGUGCAUUAAAAAAUUAUAUAUCUGCGAUAUGCAAGAGCCAAACUAAUUUCAAGUAAAUUUUUAUAAUUGUAAUUUUUUCUCCCCUAAUAACGUCUAUUUGUUUUCAAGUUAAAAUAACAUUUUAAGUUUCUAAGCCGAAAGUGGUUCAUAAUUAUUUUGGAGAACUUGUAAAUAUAAGUAGGCCAACA